UUUCAAAACAAUGUGUGAUGUUAUUUCUCAACAUCGCGGCAACUCCGGUCUUGAAACUACCUGAAGAAAGGAAAACGAUGCUUGGGCAUUUGAUAGAAUGUAACUUUGAUUGUAAAAAGUUUACGGCCUUACGUAUACUUAUACGCUUAUACCCGUCACAUCGUGAUUGCAAUAUCAGCUUUUCUCAUAAAAUUAUGAGAAAUUGUUAGGCGCACAGUUUGUCGACUGGAUUCGUGCGUGCAAUUAAAUGCACCGAGUUUUUCCCGUUGAUAUAGCUACUCACGCGAAAUAGCAAGUCACCAAAUUUCGAUUGGUAGCUCGAAAAAGCGAGUGGCACGCAUAAUGCCAAUCAGGCGUUGAUGAAAUAAAGGAUCUCCACAGGUACAGGCCUCGUACCAUGCGCCGCUGGCGUAGUCGGCUUACGCGAGAGAUAGUUUUCUCCUCCUCUGAAGAAUAAUCAGUAUACGCUCUGGCGAAAAGUGUCGGCCGUUGCACAACGCAUCUCGGACGAAUCUGGCUUUUCGACUCGUCACGCUGUCCUUGGGCGAUAUUAACCCACAUAAAUCCGAUUUCUCAUUAUGCGCGCGUUUAUUAAUGCGCGCACGCCUCACCACUGCGGCAAUUUUCAGCUUUUCGUACUGCCGCGCGCGCUGUACAUACGGAUGGCGGUAUGAUUAUGGAUUGCGAAACUUUGUAGAGCCUGUACGAAACCUGGAAAGGCUUUUCUAGCUCGUGUACGCGUUUUUAAUCUCGCUGAUUGGAUUUAUUUUUUACUGAAAAUACGAAUUUUCCUAAACUCGUACACGUCACAAGUCGUAUCUGAAAAAAAUAUAGGAAUGUUUUGAGAGGUCUUCUUGUAUUUACGUAAAUGCAAAUCCCAUACAAGUAUGCAAAGAAAACAAAUGAUUAACAACUGCGAACCUGCCUCAAACCAGAAUAACAGACGUCAUUGACUUCUGACUAACAUGAGAUUUUCGGUCGUAUCAGAAAUAUUGAGAUGCUACUUCUCUAUUUUUACGCUGUUAUUUUCACGCGGCAGCACCGGAGCUUGGGAUGAUGUGUCCGCCGCCUGGAAAGGUUGAAGCUGAAUGUGGUAAUCGAACGAAUCACCGCGAGGCAAACACGGAAAAAGCCUGUUCUUUCACGAGAUUAAAGAGAUCUACGGCGGGAAUGGAGCGAGUGCGACGGGUAUAUUAUAAUACCUGUAGAGGGAGAGGGAAACGAACAAAAAGAGCGCGUUUAGGCUGUUUUCGAGGAAAAGUUUCUUACGAACCAAAAAAAAGCACUGUAAACAUUCGGAAGCUGAACGAUAAUGUAGGCAUUGACGAGGAAAUAUAUAGUAUCAAGUUUUUUUAUCACAAUUUAGUGAUAGCUAUUGGUUGGAGGGAUUCAGCCUACGACGAAUAUCUAUCCAGAUAUUGAAAGUAUAGCCUUUUUUCUCGACCCGUGAUGAAUAGCGCGUCCAUUAUGAAUACCUGCAGCCUCAAACACGACGUCGUCGUGUCGUUUGAUGUACGUAGUGUAUAUCUAUCGCUAUUCGCGAGCUCAGUGCAGCUUAUGCUUAGGCCGCUCAUGCCAUAACUGCUUGAAUUAUUUAUUAACAUUUUUGUUUUAUAGUUGUUUAGCGUUCUUUACAAUGAUACCUACAAGCAAAAGGUGCUUAUAGAUUACUGUUUGAACAAUGGAGCACUCGUAUAGUUUAUACACUAGUGCAAGAGUAGAAAAUCUUUGCCCAUUAUGCUAAUCAGACAGCUUCUUGCUAAGACGCGCGAUACACUUCUUGUGCCGCGUAAGAAACCUUCCGUUACUCAAAUCUGAACCUUUUGCGGAAAGUAAAAUGGAGCAAGAGCCAUUACACGCCGUAAUAGAAUAGCACAUUGUGCAAAAAGUAACGGCCCGCGCUGUUUUAUGCGUCAAUUUUUCGGAUCCAUCGAGCUACCUCCGUACCGUUCGUCUUAGCUGUGCAUAGAUCCUUGUACACAGUCGUGGUCUAAGUGCGAAGUAGGUUGACUCGAUCGCGGAGCGAAAUGUGCCAGCGCGCGACCCGAUGCGGUCAAUCGGUCAAACAAAAAUCCAGCCAAAGUCGGUAAAGCAGGAUUUGUAAGCGCAUCGCGCAGCCUAAAUCCGAGACCCUCGCGCGCACUCGACUCGUUUCGGGAUUUAAAAAAAAUCCCGUUUCACGAGUCGACGACCCGAGCUUCUCUCGAACGAGGAUCAAAACUCCGAAAAUCCACAUGACGAACGAUCUAACAUUUUUCCUCUCGAUGGGCCACUCGGAGAGCAACAGGUACACGCAGAGCGUAAACGGGGCCUCGCACUUGUUGCUGGCAAAAGGAAGCCGAUGAAGCAUCAGCAGCGUAAGAGAAAGAGCGCUCGGCCGAGAAAAGAUACGCCGCGUAGAUCGCGGCCGCGGGAGAAAGAAAGAUAACGCUACGUACUCGCGCGGCCAGGCCAACUUGCGCUGCGCCUUUCGUUCCCGUGCAGCGCGAGGCCUACAGGUCCCCCCGGCGAGAGACGAUCGGCGACUGCUACGGCGACCACACCGGUCUCUUUCUCUCUCUCUUCGCUGCCUUGAUCUUGAAUCCUCGCUGCUCGGGCUUUUCACUCCUGGAAUCGCGUUUUUCCACGACGCUCGCCAUCCCGGAGGUGUAUCGGAGUGCGUCGAUUUUUUCCUCACCGCGACUACACAGGCUGCCGAUCCGUCGAGUGUCGUCGCUGAUAAAAAUAGUGGUGGAUCUGUGUUCGCGCUGCUGGAGGAUUCGCUGGCGAGCUGCCAAGGCGACGCGAUAAAUUUUCGAAAUCUCGCGUCUGGCUUUUGUCUCGGACUCUUUCGAGAGAGAGAGAGAGAUUCGGGGAUCGCUGCGAUUAAAGUUCAAGAUCGCCGCUCGAGCUGCGUAGCAUCAAUGGUUUCAAGGCGCGGUAGCCAACGAUGAAAGCAUGGACAGUGACGAUCGUGGCAAUCUGCGCUCUCCUAUGGUUCGUGGCAGUUUGUGCCCAGGAAGUUUGGAGCGUCAUUGGAAAUGGCGAUGACGCCGAGGAGAUCGAGCCGGACGAGUCGCUUUACGCCUGGUCGAGAUCGAAUGCCCUGGCCAGGUCGACUCUUCUCGACCGUCAAGAGCGACUGCAGUACAAAUGUGAUCAGAUGAGCAGGGGUCGCUCGCUCGAACCGAUCCAAGAUCCCGCGGAAUUCCGCAAUCUUCUAGUCGACGAGAAGCACAAAUUGCUUUAUUGUUACGUGCCCAAGGUGGCCUGCACAAACUGGAAACGCGUGCUGAUGAUCGCAACCGGAAAAUGGAAAGGGAAUUCGCCGAUGGAAAUUCCAGCGGAUUUGGCUCACGCCUCGGGUACUUUUCUGCGGCUCAGCAACUUCACUAUUCCGGAGAUCGAGGAGAAACUGGCGGCCUACAAUAAGCUCAUAGUCGUGAGGCAUCCGUUCGAGCGGCUGCUCUCCGCUUACAGAAAUAAGUUCGAGGCGAAGCGCGAAAGAAGUUCCGCGUACUUCCAGUCGCGCUUCGGCCGAAAGAUAAUCAAGAAAUUCAGGCCCAACGCGACGAAGGAAUCGCUGCUCAAAGGGGACGACGUGACCUUCGGGGAAUUCGUCGACUUCGUCACAAAAUCGAACGAGUACGGGACGAGAAACGAGCAUUGGAACUCGAUUUCGGAACUGUGCCAUCCCUGCUUGGUCAAUUACAAUCUCAUCAGCAAAUACGAGACUCUGGUCGAAGACGCGACGGAAAUUCUGGAGCGGAUCGACGUGGAUUCCAUACCGUUUCCCGUGCGACCGCAAAACAGUCAGCCGACUUCGACGAUAUUGGACAAGUAUUACUCAUCUUUGACUUUGAGCCAGUUGCGUGAUUUAGCUGAGCUUUAUCGCUCGGAUCUGUAUUUAUUUGACUACUCGUUGGAACAGAUACUUGGCUUCUCGAUAGCUUAAAUCUGACUUGAAAUCCACGACUUAUCCACCAUAUAUUCUUUAGGUCGACCAGUCGCUGUACAAUGCUUUGAAUCAUCAAACAUUAAAACAAUCGCUCGUAAAUAACGCUCACGAAGAGCGCAGAGAUGACGCCCUCUAUCAAUACAACUUUUUGUAACAAUUUAUAAGAGUAUUGUUAACGUUGUAAAUUUAUAAAUAUCAAAAUACGAGUUCACAUGUGCCAACGUUAUAAUAAUGCGUUUAGCGCGUGUAUUUUUAUAUCCGCUACGCAUUUCGUUAUCAUUCCAUUACGCAAUAUAACUGCUCUCGUAAUAUAAGUAUUCGUUUAAUAUUUAUAAUUCAUAAUAACGCUUGUUACCUUAGCUCAACAUUGUCAAACGUAUAACAUAUUUACCUAUAGCUGUACAUUAGUCGUAGCUUUUCUACCGACCAUAAGUGCCAUUAAAAACAAUGUCGACGAUUGCGAACGUUGGAAAGAUCGGAGACAAUACUGCGCAGACAUUGUAUAUAGUUGUAAACAGUUUUAUUUAUACCUGUAGUAUUUAUAAAAAUUUAACAAAGUACAAAAAUAAAGCGAUCCAUUGUCCGAAAACGCGACAGUGUCUAGCUGAAACUGUUCAUUAAUUAAA